CAUCAACCGGAAGUAAACAAACAGCGCUAGCAGCGCUAGCAGCGUUAGCUCUGGCACCCCGUAUGUGGACACACGGCUGUGCUUUUGUGUCGUAGGUAUAUAAUAUUCCAACGAAGCAGCGAUGUCUUCGCUUCAGUAUUUGAGAGGUUUAAUCAGCGAGCGACUAACCGCUGCCGCCGAGGAAAUAUUCCGAGCCUUUGAGCAAACAAUCGUCGAGUACGAGGAAGAGGUGGAUCGUCAGCGCAGACUGUUGCAGAGCGUCGGGAAACGUCGGCGAAAGUUACAGCGGACAGAGCUUCCACGGAAAUAUGUUUUUCAGGAGGAGGAGGUUCUCACUGAGCUGCAGCUCUGUCACCAGGAGAGGAACUCCAGUCUGGACCAGGAAGAAUCAGAGUUUCUACGGAUUAAAGAGGAAGAGGAGGAAAUCUGCACGAGUCCGAAGGGAGAAAAAAAAAUGUUUGACUACGAGGUAGAGGUGGAUCAUCAGGGCGGACUGGAGAAAGUGGAGAUCCUUUGGAAACCCAAAGAAAAGUUACAGCAGAGAGAGCUUCCACAGCCGAACGUCUAUAAUGAGGAGGAGGUUCUCACUGAGCAGCAGCUCUGUAACCAGAAGAGGAACCCCAGUCUGGACCAAGAGGAAUCAGAGUCUCUACAGUUUAAAGAGGAAGAGGAGGAAAUCUGUAUCAGUCAGGAGCAGCUUGAACUGAAGCCAGAGGCUGAUACCUUUAUGUUGACUCCCGAUAAUGAAGAAAGUGAUUACAUGGAACCAGACAGUGACCACCAGCUCCUCUCUCCGGUAUCUGAAAGUUCAGAUCAGACAGGAAACAAACACGUGGACUCUGUAUUAUCUAGAAAUGUAGAGUCAAAGCCACAUAAGAAACAUUACAAAAAGAGAAGUUACAGCUCUCACACAUCAAAGUACAAGUCUAAAACCAAAACAUAUAAAAAGCCUUUUAAAUGUGUCACGUGUGGAAAGAAAUUUGCAUCUAAUUAUCAAUUAAGUUUACAUCUGAGAGUCCACACAGGAGAGAAACCGUUCCCCUGCAAUACAUGUGCCAAGUGUUUUAGAACCAAACCUGAAAUGUUGAGUCACAUGAGAACUCACACGGGCGAGAAGCCGUACUCGUGCGAAACAUGCAGAAUGUGUUUCCGACACUUAAAGACUUUCAAUAGCCACAAAAGAACUCACACGGGUGAGAAGCCCUACGUUUGCAGUGUGUGCAAGAGUUGCUUUGCGCGUAAAGAUUACUUGAUGAAGCAUAUGGGGAUUCACACGGGUGAAAAGCCCCAUAUUUGCAACGUCUGUGAGAAAUGCUAUCGGCAAAAAUGGGACUUGACGGUCCACAUGAGAACUCACACGGGCGAGAAGCCGUACCACUGCAGCACCUGUGGAAACUCUUUUCGGGACGGGUCGUAUUUUAAAAAGCAUUUGCAGAAGCAUUUUUCAAUUCCAGAAAAGGUUUAAUUUUGUGACACAGUUAAGGCAAAAACUUCUGUAUCUGUUUGUCCUCAUCACUGAAACAGUAUGUCCGUCAAACAUUUAUUAUAGUCUUAAAAGUCCUGGAAAUAAAAAAUUUGAGGACCACUGUGGCUUUGUGUGGUGGUCCAAUAAAUUUGUAUAUGUCACUAACAUAGUAGUUUUUACUAUUAAAUAAAUAGUUCUUCAAAUUAUUUCCAGCAGGCUGAACACUGAGUGGUCUCAUGCUGCCCCCCAAAGUUCCAAGUUUGGUCUGUUUGCUUUAUAUUAACUUUUAUUUUAUUUUCUUAGUCACACCAGCUUUCUUCAUUCUGUCUCUGUGAUUGUAUGCAUUGUAAUGUGUGUCGUCCCCACUGCGGGACUUAUCUUAUCUUGUACCUAUUGGAAUAAAGCAGUGCCGGCCCUAAGCUGAAUUUGAUUUGCGGGACCCAUCCUCCCGCCACCUCAAAGUUGCCGGUGCUUGACUAUUAUUGAUACCAGAGUAACUGUAUGAAUUUCAUUAAUUAUAAUUGUGUUAUUUAUACCAAACCAUUGUCUGUCUUGGGUUUUUUUUAAACUUAGAGGGGCCUGUUAUUAAUCAUCACUGCUGCACACCGAACGAUUAUUAAUAAUUCAUAAUUGAUUAAUCUGUUGAAUAUUUUCUUGAUUAAUUGUGUAAUCGUUCAUAAAAUGUUUGUCAAACCUGUAAAUGA